AAAUAAGUCAACAAAUUUUGUUUUAGAAUCAGUAUUAAAUUGACCGGUUAGUGAAUAAGAAGUUGCGUAAUUUUUUAUAAUAAAUUUUUUUGCUGACACAAAAAGUGUGAAUUCCAAACAACAUGAAGAAGUUCACAGUUGUGUGUCUUGUUUUGGUGAUUUCGACGAUACUUCCUGCUGAAAGUACCUUCUUUGGCAAAGGCGGAAGCGGAGGAUGGUCAUCAGGCGGAGGAAAAGGCGGAUUUGGAAGCCUUCUCGGAGGAUUUGGAGGAGGAGGUAAAGGAGGAUGGUCUUCUGGAGGAGGUAAAAGCUUCGGAGGAUCAUCUGGAUGGUCGUCAGGCGGAUCAAGAGGUUAUGGCGGAGGAUCUUCUGGAUGGUCUAAAGGCGGAGGAGGCUUUGGAGGAUCAUCUGGAUGGUCUUCAGGAGGCGGAUCAGGCUUUGGCGGAGGAAAAUCCUACGGAGGAGGAUACUCAGGAGCAUCUAGCUUCGGAGGAGGAUCUUCUGGAUGGGCGCCAUCUGGCGGAUCUCGAGGUUUUGGAGGAGGAUCAAGUUAUGGCGGAGGACAUUCCUCUGGAGGAUGGUCUUCAGGCGGCGGAUCAGGUUUCGGCGGAGGAAAAUCCUAUGGAGGAGGAUACUCAGGAGCAUCUAGCUUCGGAGGAGGAUCUUCUGGAUGGGCGCCAUCUGGCGGAUCUCGAGGUUUUGGAGGAGGAUCAAGCUAUGGCGGAGGACAUUCCUCUGGAGGAUGGUCUUCAGGCGGCGGAUCAGGCUUCGGCGGAGGAAAAUCUUACGGAGGAGGAUACUCAGGAGCAUCUAGCUUCGGAGGAGGAUCUUCUGGAUGGGCGCCAUCUGGCGGCAAAAGUUACGGAGGAUCAUCUGGAUGGUCUUCAGGAGGCGGAUCAGGCUACGGCGGAGGAUAUUCUGGAUCUUCUGGUUUCGGAGGAUCAUCAUCUGGAGGAUGGUCACAAGUUGGAGGCUCACGAGGCUUCGGUUCAGGCGGAUAUUCGUCAGGAGGAAGUCAAGGAUGGUCAUCAUCAGGCGGAUCUCGUUACGGAGGCGGAUAUGGCGGAAGCGGAUGGUCUUCAGGCGGCAACAAAGGAUGGUAGAAAAAAACCAUCAAUAUAAAAUUUCUGUGUUAUUUAUAAGCCAUAAACGUUCGAUCGCGAAAUAAAACUGCUUUUUU